AUGAAGACCGAUGGCUACCUAACCACCGACCUAGGGUUGGUGCCCGCGCAGGCACAGGAGCUCGAAGCAGCCGGACAUCUCGGAGCAUUCACCGCCGAGACCAGCCAUGAUCCGUUCCUGCCACUCGCCAUUGCGGCCGAGCACACCUCGACGUUGCAGUUGGGAACGUCGAUCGCCGUAGCCUUCGCCCGAAAUCCCAUGACCCUGGCCUAUACCGCCCGAGACCUGAACGAGUUCUCCGAGGGACGCAUGAUCCUCGGGCUGGGCAGCCAGAUCCGCCCCCAUAUCACCAAGCGCUUCUCAAUGCCUUGGUCGGCGCCAGCGGCACGCAUGCGCGAGUUUGUCACGGCUCUGCACACGAUUUGGGAUUGUUGGGACACCGGCGAGCGGCUGCGCUUCAAGGGUGAGCACUAUAGGCACACUCUCAUGUCCGACUUCUUCGAUCCCGGCCCGAGUACUUUCGGGCGCCCCGACGUAUACCUCGCUGCGGUCGGUCCAAUGAUGAUGCGCCUGACAGCAGAGAUCUGUGACGGCUGGAUGGUUCACCCGUUCACCACGCCAGGUCACUUCCACGACGUUGGUCUGCCACGAUUCCGGGCCUUCAUGGACGACGCCGGACGUCCUCAUGACGAAUGCCAGAUUUCCUUGCCGGCGUUCGUGGUCACGGGCGCAGACGACACCGAGAUGGCAUCUUCGGCUGCCCGCAUCAAACAACAGAUCGGUUUCUAUGGCUCGACCCCGGCAUAUGUCGAGGUUCUCGAAUAUCACGGUUGGGGCGGCGUACACGGCGAGCUCAACGCCAUGACUAAGGCUGGCCGUUGGGAUGAACUUGGUGACGUCAUCGACGACGACAUGCUCGCCACGUUCGCCGUGAUCGCCGAGCCCGAUCAAGUCGAUGCAGCUCUGGAGGAACGCUACGGCAAAACGGUCGACCGGGUCAGCCAGUACAACUGA